AUGACUGACUCGGAUCCAGACGCCAGCAUCAAGGGCCUACACGAGGUUGCCAGCGCGCUUCUGGCGCAGAACGAGGCGCUGCGCACGGAGAACGCUCUGCGCACCGAGAACAGUGCGCUGCGCACGGAGCACGGCCUUGUGCGCAACGCGGCCGAGGUGCUCCGGGCGGACAACGCAGGGCUGCGAGCAAGUCUGAAGAACGCCGCCAGCAUCAUCGGCCGUCUGCGUUCCGACGCCUCCGCGCAGCAGCAGCGUCAGCAUGCCAUGAUGCAGAGCCAGCAGCAGCAUCUUGCGCUCCUCGGCAGCCAGCAGCAGCAGCAUCAGCAGCUGCAGGCCUUCUGCCUGGCGCAGCAGCAGCAGAUCGACGGCCAGCGGCAGCAGUAUGCGCAGCUGCAGGCGACAUGCGUGGCGCAGCAGCAGCAGCUGUACCUUGCCUUCCAGCAGCAGCAGCAGCCGCCUCUGGCCCAGCAGCGCAAUGCUCAGCAGCACUACGCUCAGCAGUACGCUCAGCAGUAUGCUCAGCAGCAGCAAGUUAUCCAGAUCGCUCAGCAGCAGCACGCACAACGGCACUACGCGCAGCAUCAGCUCGCGCAGCGGCAGCUGUCUCAGCAGCAGCAGUCUAUCUGCACUCCUCCCUACGAAGUCCCACCCGAGGCCCAUGCACACGCUGCGCCAUCCUCGAUGCCCGCACACGCUGGGCCAUUCUCGGUGCCCGCACACGCUGUGCCAUCCUCGACGCCGCUACUGCAGGCAUCGUCGGACGCGUUACUCAGCCACAUGCUGCGCGAGUCACCGUCCGACCUGCCCGAGCUGCCUGCGCCGCCGUCGCAGCCAAAGCAACUCGGCUCUCCUGUUCACAUCAAGCAGGAGCCGGGCGAGCUGCCAAGCAGCCCGACGGUGCCAACAAGCGCACCUGCGCCUCGCAAACGUGAGCGCGACGGGGCGUUUCCCUCGCACAAUGUGCCCUCAUCGAUGCUCGAGGCUUCGCUCCAAGGCGAGGCUCACAAGCCCUUCGCACCAUCUCCGCUGGUCAACGUCGUCGACGGUGGCAGCAGCGACUCUACGCGCAAGCGAGCGAAGCAUGCCAUGGGCGACGCCGAGGAAGACACUCACUCCGCCCGCACUGCCGCCGGUUUCUAG